AUGCCGCACUGGACAGAGGACCACCCAGAGACCCCUACCAGACCACUGCACCACCAAGGAGCCCCAGGCCCCUUCAACGCCUUCAACGCCCCACCAGACCCAGCGCACCCCACAGGCCCCAUCACCACUUCCAUCGGCUUAGCCAGACUGGACCGGGCCCAGCCUACUAUCCCACACCAGACCACCACCUCUACCAGACCAGAGAGGAAGCCCCACGGCCCAGACCUGCCCCCCCUCCAUCCACAGGGCCCAGCCUACUACCCUGCACAAGACCACCACAUUUACCAGACCAGAGAGGAAGCCCCACGGCCCAGACCUGCCCCCCCUCCAUCCACAGGGCCCAGCCUGCACAAGACCCUACCAGACCACAAGAGCACCACAUAUACCAGACCAGACCAGAGGAAGCCCCACGGCCCAGACCUGCACAAGACCCCCUCCAGUCCACAGGGCCCAGCCUACUACCCUGCACAAGACCACCACAUCUACCAGACCAGAGAGGAAGCCCCACGGCCCAGACCUGCCCCCCCUCCAUCCACAGGGCCCAGCCUACUACCCUGCACAAGACCACCACCUCUACUAGACCAGAGAGGAAGCCCCACGGCCCAGACCUGCCCCCCCUCCAUCCACAGGGCCCAGCCUACUACCCUGCACAAGACCACCACCUCUACUAGACCAGAGAGGAAGCCCCACGGCCCAGACCUGGCUCCCAUCCACUCCACAGGGCCCAACUGCAGGACCAGCACAGCUACGCUGUGGGACAAGAGAACCCUUUAG